AUCCGGUCACGUGAUUUUCCCGUGUUGCAGUCUUUGAGAAGUUUCAGUUCAGGGUGUUUGAAGUUUUGCCUCGACAAAAUGCUCAAAAAUGUCAGGGAAGUACUGGUUUCCCUUGAUGAUGAAGACAAGGUAACCACUCUGUUGACCAUAUGUUUUAAUAAGAUGCUGAAAACUUUCACUAGUAAAGUUGGAUAUUUUAGUUCAGUGGCGUUACAGUGCAGAUUUGUGAACACCCCUACAAGGUAUGGCAGGUUACUUGAGAGACAUUCCACAAAUUUUGGUAUUGAUUUCCAAUCAAGAGCCUUGUUGUGCCCAAAUCGGAAACUGUUCUCAAGAACUUUAACAACUGCGCCGAAGGACCGGACAAAUGCCCAGCAAUGCAACCAUUUCUGUUCGUCUCAACCAGCAAACAAGGACUUGUUGCAGGGACCUGUUGUUUAUGAAGGCAACCUCAAUGCAUUUGUUAGGGGUGUUAAAGUGUUCUCCCUAAGCACCAGCUGUAUCACUCUUUCACUUCAACCAUUUAUUCUCAUGAGAGCAAGUGAAUUGCCAGUUUCAUUGCUUGUUGGUGGGGAAGUUUUUGCAGCAUUGUUCUUUUUGACACCGGUUUUAAUUCACUGGGCAACCAAAGGAUAUAUUUUUAAACUGCAUUUUAAUGAGGAUAAAAAACUUUUUACAGCAGUUCACAAGUCAUUUUUCAUGAGAGAAAAGAAAACUCAGUUUAAGGCAGAAGAAAUGGCAAUUCCAGAUGUACCUGGACCUUUUUCUACAGUCAAAAUUAAGGAUAAAAACUAUUUUAUUAUCUUAGAAAAUGAUGCAUUUGAUGAUCAAAAGGCUUUUAUGCAUCUGAUGCAGUAUGAUAAGCCAUUUAAAAUGCCCUCGGAACAAGAAUCUGGAAAAAAUUAAGGAUGAUAAUGCCAUUGCCUAUUUGAAAUGAUGUCCAAUAAGUACUCAACACUAGCUUCUGACUAAUAUUAGUAAACACACUAAUGACUUGAAACAUGGUCACUAUUUAAGGUAUUUGAAGCAGUCUUUACUACAGUUGUCAUUUAUCGAUGAUUCAUCAGUCUAAAAAAAUCUAUAUAACAGGCCCAUCUUUAUGACAUGAGUACUGAUAGAAUGUUCUUCAUGCAUAAUGAUAAUAAACAAAGCCAAAUAUUA